GUUGCAUUUCUCCAUCCUCAUUCAUCACUUUCUUCUAUAAUCAAGUUUUCCUUAUAUAACUUCAGGAUCGUACUUCCUUUACAUCACUCUGAAAUUGCGAUCGAUCCUCUUAAACCUGAACAGCGGUAACAAUGGCGGCAUUGCCGACGUCGAACUUGUCUGAUACAAUAAUGCAAGAAUUCCAAUUUGUUAAAGUUCCUUUCGAACACUACAAGAAUACUAUCCGCCCUAAUAAUCGUUCUGUUAAGAAGGGGAUUUCAUCCGUUAUCUCCGCUGUUGAUUCUGUUUCCCUUAAUGAUGAUACUGUUUCUCAUCUCUCUUCUCUCGUUUCUCGCCUCCAUGGUCUCAAGCGAAAGCUGAAGGAAGGAAGUCAAGUUGAGAACUUACAAGCUCAGCGGAUUAAAGCUCGGUUAGACCAUUUGGAAUCUACUGAUGCAAAUUCUAUAUUAAACAACACACGUUUGACGCGGAUUAUUGUGGACUAUAUGCUUCAUAUGACAUAUUAUGAGAGUGCUGCAAAGUUGAUUGAAGCAAGCAAAAUACAAAGCAUAUUUGAGUUUCAACUAAGACUCCAAGAGUUCAUAGAUUUGGUUAGAGAAGAUAAUAAAAUGUGUGCAAUUGAAUAUGCUUGGAAGUAUCUUACAGCUCACAGAGCCACACAUAUGAAAGAGUUGCAGAGUGUAAUUGCAAAACUUGUUUUUGGUAGCAGUACAGAGUGUGAUAGCUACAAGGUUCUUUUCGAACCCAAACAAUGGGACCAUCUUGUAGAUCUAUUCAAUCAGGAAUUCUAUAGGUUGUAUGGCAUGACCCUAGAACUGUUGCUAAAAAUCUAUCUGCAAGCAGGUUUGAUAGCUUUGAAGACUCCAUUCUGCUAUAAAGGUGAAUGUCCGAAAGCUGAUCCCUUAUUUCAGGAAAGUUUACGUGAACUUGCAUCAUCGCUACCAUUCCCAUAUCAGCCAAAUUCAAAGCUUGUCUGCUACAUAACAAAAGAAUUGAUGGAUGCAGAAAAUCCACCAAUGGCCCUACCAAAUGGCCUUGUCUACAGCAAUAAGGCUCUCGAGGAAAUGGCCAGUUGGAAUAAUGGUAGAGUUACUUGUCCAAGGACUGGUUUGGUAUGUAACUACUCUGAUCUUACUAAGGUGUAUGUCUCAUAGAUGCUUCAACAAUUGUGUAAAAUGAUUUUAGUUGUAGGCUCAAGAAAAAUAGCUUAAAAUACUCUAUUUCCUUUGUACAUACGAAUAGGGAAAUUUUGAAGAAUUUGUUGAUUUCUUGGUAGCAAUAGUUUCUAAAGCUGCUGUAAAGCAGUUGUAUGCAUUGUAUAUCUCAAUUAAUCUCCAUUAAUGACACCAUAGAUGUGUAAUUAAAUCAGGUGAUCUAUGUAUCUCUUAAACUUUAAUGUCCAUUAAUAACAUUUCUAAUUGAAGUUUUUGGGUGCUUUUAGGUCCCUAAUUCAUAAACCCUAGCUUAACCAUGAUAUCACUCAGAUUUUCUUGGUUGGAUUUUGGAUUGUGGACGUUGGAAUUGUUUAAUUGACACAAUUGCUACGUAUGGUGAUGGACGGGUGGAUAUCAAUAUUUAAUCCGUAACCCACAAAUACAUCUGCCAACCCACUUUAAACCCACCCCAGAGCAAACCAUAUUCAUUUUUUGAAUGAAAACUUGGCUUCAUCAAAAAGCUUUUACCAUCCAAUCAGAUUGUCAUAACUUCCUCAAAUUACAUGCAGUCAUUAUUCGAACCAAGUGAAUAUACACCCUUUGUACCCUUUGGCUAAUAACGCACUUACAUUUCCUUCAUAUUUUUCAUCUCAUCCAUUCACAUUUACUUUACAUUUUUCAUCCCAUCCACACAUUUUUAUUCCCCUUACAGUCCGAAAAUAAUU